AUGGUUUCAAACGAGUUGUCAACGAUUCCAUCGGCUAAUUUGAUGGCAGCCUCGCCAGGUAAUGUGGGUUCAAACGGCAAUAUGUCCGAGGCGAACGUGGAGCCAAAUAAACUGCAAUUUGGUUUGUUCGAAGACGAAGACUCUCGAAUGUCAGGAUGUGAGUCUUCAGAGGGAUCACAGUCCCAGUACUCUAUUGAGGAGGACCUCAGCAAGUCACUUGCUAAAGGUCGACUACUUGGAUACAGCUCAUCCGCUUCCUCGCUUUCUCAGGCGAAUCCCUUUCCCAAAUGCACAAAACAAAGCGCGAGAUGCCGCCGUUUGACUGAGUUGAGGGCAGCUCGGAGAAAGGCUGCCGAAACUGAUGAGGCGCACACAUUUUCAUGUUCUGAAGAGGACCUUCCCACGGUUUUCGGAGAGUGGUACGACAGUCUUUUGGAUGGUGGGGAGCAACCUGUGAAGUGCUAUCACCUCGUGAUUAAUUCACUGAAGAAAUUUUUCGUGACGAAUACAUUUGGGAACGCUGUCAAGACGAUGGUGUGUGAGUUCCUUCGUAACCACGUGAUACGUACGUGCGCGGAGUUAAAUAGACAGUACGAAAGUUCGUCGAUGGAUGGGGAGCGCAGACUACGUGAGACUCAAUUACAAAUUCUCCUGGAGUUGUACACCAGUUAUCUUGAUCCGAAGGAACCAUCAAAAGUGCUUGAAAUUGUUAGAAAAAUGAGAAUAGUCUAUUUCGUUGCAAGUGCUAGCAAGAUGAGAACUUUCCUGGAAGAGCAAGUAUCGGAUAAUUUUAUUCAUCUUGUUCCAAAGUUGAUUGCGGACGUGUUCGAUGAGCUUUGCAUUCAGCUACCGGACGAUUUGGAAGAGUUUGAUUCAGUUUGGAAUAAAGAUGAUGAUCUCUCUUUUCCUUUGUUCAACAAUGUGGGUAGUGGUAGCCGAUUGCAACAACUCGAUCAGCUUCUCGAUGAAAUUCAAGCACCAGAAGAAGAGCCGAGCAACGCGAAAGGCAAGGCUGCUAAGAAGAAGGGCAAAGAAUCAAAAGAAGCUGAUAUAGUGAAAGCUGUAGGAGAUGAGGAUGUGAAGUCACCAUCUAAAAAAGAAGCACAAAGGAAAUCUGGGCGUCUUCAUGUGCAUCGUGCUGUACCUGAUACACCGGAAGAAAAAUUACGAGAUUCUGUGAAGGAAUGCAAAGCAGAAGUGGUGAAAGCAACACCGAUGGCGAAGGUUUGUGGAAAGCCAACACGUCACAAAUCUAAAAUGUCCGAAUUGGUCCGAAUAAGUGAGGAGCGGGCUAGAAUACCAAGAGCAGCUGCCCUAGCAUCUGCUAAGGCCAGUAAAGCUAUAAUCCAGGCAUGUCAGAGUUCUCUGCCGAUAUCUCGCGAGUCUCUCCUUGGACUGCACACCCCCUCGCCUCGUCCUCAGAGAGCAAAAUCAAAUUUGUUGAAUAAAUUCACAAGUAUAAUCAGCAAGGAUACUACCAAAACAGAAGUGGAGGAUGAGAAGCCGUCAACCAGAGUUUUAAGAAGUGCAAGCUCGACUGGAAGUACACCAGUCAAACGUUCUGCAGAUGUCCAGCCUGCUGUGUCUGAACCACCGGAAAAGAAAUCUCGGCCUUCCUGCUCUGCUUCGACAUCAACAUCGACAUCGGUAGUUGGAAUAGACGAAAUUGUGGGACCCGAACAAUUGGCAAGGUUCCAGCAACGCGUGGAUGAGAUCAACAAAAUGAAUGACUUGGAUGAUAAUCAGGUCUACUUUGAAGAUCUAGUAAGAAGAAGUAGUCUUUUCGACGAAGAAUCAUUUCCAUGUCAACCGCCUGGUCAGAAUCUUCAGCAGAAUCGUACAAGAAGGGUUGUGACCGCUUCCUCGGCUGCCCAUCUUGCGCAUACUCUAUUAAAUGUUGAUAAUGUGACGCCACUGGAGGUUUGGAAGUUGCCUAGAAACUUGUCAUCGCCAGAGAAGAUGCCUCGAAUGAUUCGUACCGGUGUAAGCGCAAUAAAAAUGAAGAAAAUCCAAAGAAUGCGGGAGCAAUGCUGUAUUUCUUCGCUUGCCGAAACCCAAAAGUCAGAUCGCAUGGCAGAGGCGUGUAUGCGUGGCAGUACGAGCGUGGACGGGAAAGCGACGGAGCCAAGGCGAAGCAAGCGCCAGCGAAUCGACCUCACAUCCGAAGAAGGAUUUGAUCGUCACGAACUCGAGCGUGCGCUUCUCAAAAGUUUAGAGGAAGAGCGUUCAAGAGAAAAAGAGAAACCAAACAAAAAAGUGAGCAAGCCUAAAGCUGAUAAGAGUAAAGCUGCAGCUCGCGUUGCCCCGAAAAGGCGGAGGGUUGAAGAACCGUCACCCAAAGCUGUCAAAAUUGCAAAAAAGGAGGAAGUUGAACAAAAAGUGCGGGCAGAACCACAAAUAGAACAGCCUUUACCAGUUACGCGGAAAACGAUUGAAGCUGAGCCAGUCGCUCCAAAGAAAAAGACUGAUCCUGUCUCAAAACGGAAAGAAGGGACUUCCACUCAGAGCAGCCCUCAAAGUACUAAGCCAAAAAAGCAGCCAGUAGUGAAGAAACAGGACACCUCGGUGUCAAAGAAGAAGGAAGAAGUUACAGUAGCAGAAGGAAGCAGUAAAUCAGAAGACACUACUGUCAAAGAAGCACAGGCGACGUCGACUGGUUCACCUACAGAUAAGAAGACGGAUACAGAAGAGAAACCACAACCGGUAGAGGCAACAGAGGGAGAUUCCCAGAAGGCGAAAGCAGAAGAAGUCGAAGUUCGUCGAGCUCCACCUCCGUAUCGGCUGCCGUCAAGAGCAAGUGAUCUCAUCACAUUACUAGCCUGUGCCAAGGAAGUCUUGGGAGAUCACGACUUCAUAUUCGCUCUUCUUAUCUUUCAAAGCGGAUUCCUACUCAAACGAAAAGAACUUCAUAUGCGAAGUAAAUGUAGUGAUGCUAAGUUACUUCAUUCCGAAUGUUGGAUGCAGCGUCAAUUCAAAAGGGUGGUGUUUCUGUUGGUUGAUGCCCUUCGGUACGACUUCCUAGUACCACCCGACGAGAAUGCUCCGCACUCAUACUUCCGCGGUCAAAUGCCAGGCGUGGCGAAACUGAUAGAGCGUGGUGCUGAGAUUGGUCUCUUUGUAGCUGAUCCACCUACGACAUCACUUCAGAGAAUCAAAGCUCUCACUACAGGAACACUGCCUACCUUCAUAGACGCCGGUGAUAACUUUGCUCCGAGUCCGAACAUCAACGAAGACAGCAUAGUUUUCCAAGCGUGGAGCAGGAAUCUCACUACGACCUUCAUGGGUGAUAACACAUGGUCAAUAUUUUCCCCCCAUCGACGGUUUCCACCUUUCCCCGAUGGUCUCCAUCAGAUCGAUAUUGUGCCAACGUUGUCGCUUCUGCUCGGUCUUCCGAUUCCAUUUUCUAAUCUCGGCGUCGUGAUAGAAUCUCUUUUUCCGACUAAUCUGACCAAACAAGCCAUCGCUCUGAAUUACGAACAAGUUAGAAGGUUCGCCACGUCCUAUGCAGCUGCUAAUCCAUCUUUUGAAAUUUCUGAAAUCACUCGCCACGACACGACGGAAACUGCAGAACAGCUGGGGACAAUUCGCCGUCUUCAAGCUUCUCUUCGUGCGGCAUGGACACAAUUCGACCUUACGCUAAUGAGACUGGGAUUGUUUUGCUUCGUAGACACGCUGCUGUUCACAAUCUCAGCUCGUCCGUUGACCACAGCGCAAUCCAUUGUAAGAUCUGGAUGCCUUCUUCUUCAGCUGUCUGUCAUCUUCGGUGGUUCGAAUGAGAAUCCAGCUGUGUCGACAAUUCGCCGUCUUCAAGCUUCUCUUCGUGCGGCAUGGACACAAUUCGACCUUACGCUAAUGAGACUGGGAUUGUUUUGCUUCGUAGACACGCUGCUGUUCACAAUCUCAGCUCGUCCGUUGACCACAGCGCAAUCCAUUGUAAGAUCUGGAUGCCUUCUUCUUCAGCUGUCUGUCAUCUUCGGUGGUUCGAAUGAGAAUCCAGCUGUGUCGUUGCUACUGGCCGUUUUACCGCUAUCAGUUCUCACAUCGGUGAUUCCUAUAAUAUCUGGUCUGUUUCCAUUGCGACUGCCAUCAGUGCCUCUACUUUUCGUGUAUUUCUGCGUUUUCUUGCACUCGGUCUCAUUUCUUUCGAAUAGUUUUAUAAUUUACGAAGGCCACGUGCUGAGGUUUCUGGCACAAAGUGCAUUAAUCGUUUGUACCGUGGAUAAGGUUAUUAGGACUGGAACAGAUCGCAAGCCGUCGCCACGAGUCUCAGGUGUCAUCUCAGCACUCUUUCGGCGCGUGCCUGCCUGGGAUAUCGGGCUGCUAAGUCUUGCUCUCGUGCUCUUACGUUUCGAACCUCUUUUCCAUAGAUGUCGGGAAGAAGAAGUAAACUGUCAGCAGUGGUUUCCGCUGGAGUUGUUGACUUCCUUGUCUUCUGAUGCCGUAUUCUGGCGGUUUGUGUUAGCUACGGCCAUGUUGCUUUCGCUGAAUGUACUUGUCGGUCGCCUUCUACCUGAUGUCUUGCCUAACUUCCUUAGAAUCGCUAGGGCGCUGUCGUGGCCGGCUCACGCAUGUCUAACGUUCUAUCAUUUGGUUCGACUCACUCCACAAACUGAGGAGAUGCAGCGUCGAACGCAAUUGUUGGGCGGCUCUAGAAGUCCUGCGUACCUCUGUCUCGUACACACCAUUUGUUGGCCACUGUUUCUUCUACUUGGCGAUGGGCUUCAACCGGCUCUCGUAGCAUUUCUUUUCAUUCUCUGCGCCUGUGUUAAUCUGUGUGACGCAGCCGUUUUGCCUCCACUCUUCUCUCUACUCAUUCCGUUGGGUUUCUACCUCACUGGACACUCGCCAACACUACCAGCCAUUCCGUGGCAAGCGGCUUUCGUUGGUCUACCCGGCAAUUUCUCGCUUCGUGUGUUUCCUGCUAUUCUGAUUCUAUCGCACAUUGCGGUGUCUGCGAUCAUAGUGCCUCUCGUCUUACCUCUUCAUCCACUUACUAAGGCUGACUCGUUGAAUUCCUUGGUUGGCUGCGCUUCGAUUGCUUCGUUGUUCUCAUGUAUUGCUGCCACGAUUCAUAGAAGACAUCUGAUGGUGUGGAAGAUUUUCGCACCACGAUUCAUUUUUGAAAGUUUCCUUUUUAUUUACUUUCUCUGUGUAUCGAAUUUGGUAUUAUUGAUAUGUAAAAGAAUGAAGCUCCUC